AUGCCUGAAGACCUCACCACCGCUGUUGAACUACUGGAUAAUAUAGGAACCACCGUUAAUACGAUCGCAGGUAAUCUUGGAGCCAAUAGACUCGACAGGAGGAGCUUCCGGAAAUAUCUUUGCGAUUACGCUGACCGCGCUGCGUCCGAUGGCCAACUCAUUAAUGCUUCGAGGAAAGACACCCCUCAAUGUGCCAACCGUGGCUUGCUUCUGGCCUACGCCCAUAUGGAGAUGAUAUGCUGGAUUGCAAAAAACAACUAUACCAUCUUAUCUACGUCCGUCAAAUGGUACAGCUGGAGGAAAGUAUGUGCGAAAUAUCGCCUUCCCUUACUUGGAGUUUCGCCGCAAAAUGCCCAUUUAACAAGGCAAUUGCAAAAUAUCAAGAAAAUAGCAGAUCAGGUAUACGCAGAGAUCGACGCAAAAAACAUCCCGGUCUUGCAAGAUUCUGUGAAAUACCGCAAAGUCUCAGUGCGUCCGCCGGUUGAUCCUCAACCAGGAAUGGGCGACCUCGUUCAUCGGGCCACCCUUGCACACAAGCAGCUCUCCCACUGA